AUGCAGAGCGAGCUGAUCUACGAAAAAGUCCGUACAGGCUUCGAAAAGCUCGAGAUGUCCGCGGCGCUGGCCGCACUCGACAACGUGCUUGAAACAGCUCGGGUCGAAAAGCUGAGUGUGAUCGAUACCAUGAGCCGUCUGCUCGACAUCGAGCUCUCGGCCCGCCAUGUCCGUCGGGUCGAGGCCAACCUCAAAUUCGCCGGCUUGCCCUAUCGUCAAGGCCUCGACGCCUUCGAAUUCGAAGCUCAGCCGUCCAUCGAUCCGCAAUUGGUCGGCCGAUUGGCGACCCUCCGAUUCCUUGAAGAGGGCACCAACRUCCUGCUGCUCGGGCCACCCGGCGUCGGCAAAACCGCCCUCGCGGUGGGUCUCGCUAUGAAGGCCUUGGAGGCGGGCCACCGAAUCAGCUUUUUGGCCUGUCACGAUCUGGUGCUCCGUCACAAGAAAGCUCGUCGCAUGGAUCGCGAGGAYCGCUUGCUCUCCACCUUGCUCCGCCCCCGGCUUCUGAUCCUCGACGAAAUCGGCUACACGCCUCUGGAAAGGCCGGAAGCCACCUUCCUCUUCGAGGUCGUGGCCAAACGUUACGAGCGCUGCAAACCGAUCAUCGUCACCUCGAACAAAAGCUGGGGCGCCUGGGGAGACAUCCUGCCGGAUCAAGUGAUGACCGCGGCUAUCCUGGACCGCCUCCUGCACCGUUCCGUGACCCUGAAUAUCCAAGGAGAAAGCUACCGGCUGCGCGAGCACCGAAAAGCGGGCCUGACACCGCGUCCAUCAUCUUUCGACGAUUGA